UGUGUAUUAUUGGAGGGAAUAUAGGCUAACAUCAGUAACCAAUAGCCACGACAAUAGACGGUUAACAAAAAAGGUCAACGUGGACGAAAGUAGUGGGAUAAUGGUGCUUGAUUUCACCGUUAUAGUCUCAACCCACUUUUCAUUUCAUUGAUCACCAACAUUUUCUUUUAAAUAAUUUUCAACAAAAAUAUCCCAAAAGCUUUAUAUAUGACGUGAGUCGUGAGAGAAGAAGAACAACAUCAAAUCAAACCUUAAAAAAAAAAAAAAAAAAAACAGAACAAAAUUUCAAUAAAAAUGCUUUGCUUUGCUUAGCAUUUCUAUUCCCUUGUUAAACCCACCUUACUCUAUCUCUUGCUUCAUCUUCUUUCAUACUUCCAUUAAUUCUUCAUUAUUUCACCCUUUUUUACACAUUCUUUCCCUCUUUUGAUACAGUUGAUCAUUGGUGAAGUUGUUGUAUAGUUGGGGUUGUGGUAACUUUUAAGAUGGGUGAUCAUUUAGCAUUACUGGUGAACCGGUUGCUUACAGAAUCAACGAUACAUGCCGCAAUCGAAAGUCGAAAUCGAGCAAAAGAGAUUGAAGAAGGCAAGGAUGUUGAGUUCUUAAUGCCAAUAGAGGAAGAUGAUGCAGAGUUAUCAUCUCCUAGGAAAGUUGUGGAGUGUAGGAUAUGCCAAGAUGAGGAUUUUGAUUCUAAGAUGGAGACUCCUUGUUCUUGUUCUGGUAGUUUGAAGUAUGCUCAUCGCAGAUGCGUGCAGAGGUGGUGUAACGAGAAAGGUGACAUCAAUUGUGAAAUAUGCCACCAGCCAUUCAGACCAGGUUAUUCUGCACCCCCACCUCUACUUAGAUAUGGGCGUAUUCCUAUGAAUUUUAGUGCGCGUUUUUUUAUCAGGAGAAACUGGCAGAUAAGCAGACGAGAAUUAGUUCAGUCACAGUUAAUGGAAGCAGUUUCGACUGAUCAUGAUGAUCUUCUAGAUGAAUUUGAAGAACCUUCUUCAAGAAGUCUCUUAUGCCGUUUCACGGUUGCAGUGAUUUUCAUUGGUCUCCUGAUUUUACGACAUACUCUGCCAAUCGUGGUUGGUGGUGCUGAUGAUCACGAGUUUGUUCUUCCCCUAUUCAUUCUAGCAAUGCUCCGAGUCUCAGGAAUUUUAAUGCUCGUGUAUGUCACCAUGAUGGCAGUUACUGGACUACGGCGACAAAGGAACCAAGAUGAAACCCCUAGUAUAUUGGAAACCUCAUCUGACGAAGAAGUUGAGCACCCUGAUUCAGAACAGCCUUCUCAUGUAAUCCAAAUUUCAUGAUUCAUCAUACAAGAACCAUCUAUGGACUUAAUCUGUAGAUCAAUCUCGCGACUGUGAACCAGAUGAUGAGGGCUUUUUCACCGCCACUUAUGUCAGGGACGCAAGUUUGAGUUAGAAAUAAAAACAUACAGAUACAAAACCUGUAAAUUAAUGUAUGAAGUUGGUAUAUACAAACAAUAUGAAAUUGAUGCUCCCACCUAACAAGGUUGAGGUGAUGCUUGUAGGUUUUUUCCUUUCUCUUUUUCUCCCCAAAUUUAUUUUGUUUCCUGUAAAUUUCGGUUUAGGAUAUAGAAAGUACAAGGAUCUUAACUUGUAAGAAACAUAUAGGUAUUACUUUCUAUGUCUGUAUAAAGCUAUUGGGUUGUAUAUUAUGUUGUGUGACAGGGUUCCUUUAUCUUUUGCCUGCUGCACUCAAUUUCACUGA